GGCAGUCGCGGCGCGGAUAUUGCGGCGUCUGCCUGUAGCGGUGUGAAGCGGAACGUGUGGAGGACAGUGGAGAAGCCGCGUGCCAUUGACAGGUCAACGAGAAUAGCGGUAGAGGCUAUCGAACGAACGAAGAAACGUUCGAAGUAACGUUCGUAGUCAGCCCAGCGAGAUACCACGUGUUUGUUCGUAUAGAAUUUCAUUAGCGUUCUCUUCUUUUCGCUGUCCUCCUUCGUCUGUCUGUCUGUCUCUCUCUCUCUCUCUCUCUCUCUCUCUCUCUCUCUCUCUUCCCCUCUUUUUCUCCGAACUGAACAGUCGUUUGUUUCUACGAAAGAAGAGAGAGAUAGACAUAGAGUUUGAAUGUGCAGUUUGUCGCAGUAAUUUAUUCGAGAGAAGCGUGUGUGCUCUACGAAAAAAAUUAUUUUAAUUUUUCUCUCUCUUUCUCUCUCUCCCUUUCUCUCUUUCUAUUUAUUUAUCUUUCUUUCUUUUUUUCUUUCUUUUUCUUUGUCUCUUUCUUUCUCUCGGAUUUGUGAAGUAGUACGCGCGCGCGCGUAGUAACCGAUAUACGAGUGUGUAUAAUAUUGUGCCACGCGGAAAGUGUCUCUACAUACGACUUUCGCGGAAUUACGUCGAAGGAGAAACAUACAUGGAGAGACUCGGUGGCGGAGAGCGUUGAUGCUGAGUGUCGUGCUCUCGUGCCUCUCGUGCUCUCGUGCUGUCCAGGACGUUUACCCCGAUCGCCUUGACAUUGAGCUUGGUCUUGCCUGACGUUUCUCCUUUAGCUUUUUGAACCACGCAACGCCCCCUUUCAUCGCUCGGCAAUGUUCAAGAAGACUCGCACGCUACAUUAAGAAUAAUUUCCUACGACGACGAUUGUAUAUAUCGUCGAUUUAUUUCCGUCAUUCAGUUUUAGAAAAACGGAUUUGGCUUUGCGACGCUCGUAUCCAUUUUAUUAAACGAACAUGACACGAGAUACAUAAGUGCACUGGAUAAAAUGAACAAACGAUAAUACAGGACCAUCCGGAGAGAAGCGAUCCGUACUCUUCUCCGAUAAUUUGCUGUUCGCAUUGCCAAUAUCAUUGAGCCGGAGUGCUCUGGAAUGUUAACGAGAGAGACCUUCCUUCCAUUCGAAGAGUGGGAGAGAAACGGACGACGUUGGAGAACAAAUCGCAAAGUGGAACAUCCGGGUGAGCAUUCAGUCCCGAGUGUAGUUGGCGAAACUACAAUGGCCGAGUUUCGUAGAAGCGACUUUGUUAACGGACGGCCAUCUCUCGCUCCAACGCCGCUCUAUCUCGCGUCGUUUUAACACGAUAAAAAUGCGGUGACGUUGAAGGAUUAUUGAAGAAACUAUUUACAAGUACAUAUCAUCGACGCAUAUACAUUGAUCGAAACAGUAUUAAGGUACAACAAAGAAACUAUAUAAUUCAAAUUAAUUCGUUCAACGAUUGAUGCAUAUCACUCUUCGAGUAUACGUGAAAGUAUUAGGGGGCAAUAAGGGGGAAAAAAAAAGGAGAAGGAGAAAGAUCAUUCAUUCGCACGUUCUUUCUUUAUUUUUUUUUCAUCGACGAAAAAUCGACGAUGUAAAGUGAGAAUCGAUUUAUUGUUUUUUUUUGCGUUGUGUUUUUAUCGCGUUUAUAUCGGCGAGAGUAAAGUGGCAACGAGUGCUGGGAGGAAGAAUGUUGUUGAGGUAACACGCAUAGAAACCUUUUGAGAAUAGCAGAGGAAGUAGGAACGAAAAGAAAGGGGUUAUUGAGGAAUAGUGGAAAAGGAUCAGGGAAGAGAAAAGGAGGGAGAAGAGAAAGAGGAAGAUCAAGAGGAGCAAAAAUAAGAGGAUGGGCUUUCCAAGAAGAAGAUCAUUAUGGUUGAAGGUCGCCGUACUGGCGACCGCUGUUUGGAUCACUGUUUGUUUCCUUCUGUAUACGGAGGAUCGAGCGGCUGCCGCAGUGGCACAAGGUUUGGCACCCUCUGGUGUUGCGGCACCUCCUCAGAUGGCUAACGGGUUCGUCCCACCGGCGCUACCUCUUAGAAAGGAGACACCUGGAAACGUGCAGAACAAGGCCAAACUCAAUCAGGCUGGUCUCGAACAAGGAGGAGGCGUCUUGGUUGCUCCCCGUGACCCAGACAUCGCGGCACUUGGUGAGAUGGGAAGACCCGUUAUCUUACCGACAAACCUAACCGCGGAGAUCAAAAAGCUGGUUGACGAUGGCUGGGUUAACAACGCCUUUAAUCAGUACGCGAGCGACCUUAUUUCCGUGCACAGAACUUUACCCGAUCCACGUGACCAAUGGUGUAAAGAACCUGGAAGAUAUUUGAAGGAUCUACCGCCUACUGCAGUAAUUAUUUGCUUUCACAACGAAGCCUGGUCGGUUUUGUUAAGGACGGUCCACUCGGUAUUGGACAGAUCACCGGAUCAGCUGAUACAAGAGAUUAUUCUCGUUGAUGAUUUCUCGGAUAUGCCUCAUCUGAAGCGGCAGUUGGAAGAUUACAUGAUGAACUAUCCAAAGGUGAAGAUCAUUCGUGCUCAAAAACGAGAAGGUUUGAUCAGAGCUCGUCUACUUGGUGCAUCCGCUGCCAAGGCACCGGUCCUCACUUAUUUGGACAGUCACUGUGAGUGUACCGAAGGAUGGCUCGAACCUCUUUUGGAUCGAAUCGCACGGGAUCCAACGACGGUAGUUUGUCCUGUGAUCGAUGUUAUCGAUGACACUACACUCGAGUACCAUUGGAGGGACUCAGGUGGUGUGAACGUCGGUGGGUUCGAUUGGAAUCUUCAGUUCAACUGGCACGCGGUACCGGAAAGAGAGAAGAAAAAGCAUAAGAAUCCAGCGGAGCCUGUUUGGUCGCCAACGAUGGCGGGUGGUUUGUUCUCGAUAGAUCGUGCUUUCUUUGAGAAACUCGGCACAUAUGACAGCGGAUUUGAUAUCUGGGGCGGUGAGAAUCUUGAGCUGUCCUUCAAGACUUGGAUGUGCGGAGGCACAUUGGAAAUCGUGCCGUGUUCGCACGUGGGUCAUAUCUUCAGGAAGCGUUCCCCUUACAAGUGGCGUAGCGGCGUGAACGUGCUUAAGAGGAAUAGCAUAAGGUUGAGUGAAGUGUGGUUGGACGAGUACGCUAAGUACUACUACCAAAGGAUAGGUCACGACAAGGGUAACUAUGGGGACGUAUCGGAACGUAAAGCCCUGAGGAAAAAACUCGGAUGCAAGUCGUUUAAGUGGUACCUAGACAACAUUUACCCGGAACUCUUUAUUCCAGGCGAAGCCGUAGCUUCUGGAGAGGUACGUAAUCUUGGAGAAGGAGGCAACACCUGCUUGGAUUCCCCGGCACGAAAGGCUGAUUUGCAUAAGGCAGCCGGACUCUACCCGUGCCAUCGACAAGGAGGAAAUCAGUACUGGAUGUUGAGCAAGAUCGGUGAAAUCCGUAGAGACGAAUCCUGUCUGGAUUACAGCGGCCAGGAUGUCAUUCUUUAUCCUUGUCACGGGAGUAAAGGAAAUCAACAAUGGAUUUAUAAUUCUCAGACAAAACAGAUCAGGCACGGUAGUAGCGACAAAUGUUUGGCAAUCACCGAAAGCAAGCAACGAUUGCUGAUGGAGGAAUGUUCGCCGUCUGAACCCCGGCAGAGGUGGUCCUUCGAGAACUACGAUCCCUCGAAGCUGUGAUAUCGCGCGUACUCUCGUCGUCGAUCCAACGUUCCACUUCAAUUUCCCAAACAAGUCGUCCCAUUUCUCUACGGGCAAAAAUUUUCCGUUGGCAAGACUCGCUUCGGAAGAUAGGCACAUAUUUUAUGCUGCGACGUACAAUACAAGAAUUUAUAAAUUGAAAUUAACGAUCGGCGUUCAAACAAAAAUCGUUGAAAUAGUUUUUUAGAAAUUAGAAAUUUGUCUUCGACUUUUCUCUCUCUCUCUCUCUCUCUCUCUCUCUCUAUCUCUAUCUAUCUAUCUAUCUGUCUAUCUUUUUCUCUAUCUUUUUUUAUUUUCUUUUUUGACUUUUGUUUUUGUACUUCGUUUCCUUUCUUUCUUUUUUUUUUUCUAAGAACUCAUUGCGAAUCAUCGAGAUACAAAAAAAAUUUUUAUUUCAUAACGUUAGCGUUAAUCGAUUCUCGAUGAUUUUCAAUAAGCAAAUAAUUUACAUUAAUGAUGAAAUGUGUGUAUGUGUAUGUGUAUUUUUAAUGAACGACGAAUAUGAAAAGAGAGAAAUGAUAUUUUACAAUGCGACGACCUCGAUAAAACGAAUUUCGCUUGUCGGAAUAUUCGUUCUUGCCUUGAACGACGCGUAUACGAAAAUUUUGAGAAACAACGUACAUAGAAAAGUCGUUAGAUUCUUCUUGUAUUUCAUUCGAUUCGAAGGAUGCGUCUGAUUUGAACGUAAAAGAUAUUAUUGUACGUAGAUCGACGAGCGUCCAUCGAUCGUUCAUCGAGGUAGACGCAAAGAACAAAAAAAAAAUAUAUAUAUAUAUAUAUAUAUAUAUUGAAAAAAAAACAAAAAAAAAGGAAAAAAAAAGUAAAAAUAAAAAAUAAACAUUCCAAGUUGAGUAGUCCGAACAAGUUUAUAGACAGUUUCACGGGGGAUAUUUCUAAUGUCGUGCGCGUGCGAGUUGUUCGUUCUUUAUUUUUAUUUUUAUUUUUUUUUUGUUUUGUAUUUGUUCAUUUAUCUUCCUAAAAAGAAAGAAUGAAAUAUGUUGUGCGAUAAUAAUAGAGGAAAAAGGCACGAGCGAUUUAUGUAUAUUUAUUGUAAAAUAAUAUUCUACUUCGAUGAUGCCAGCUCAUGUAGAUCGUCACAUAAUUAAUUCUAAGAAUAAUUAUUAUCCGGAUCGUGACGAUCUUCAAGAAGAUUUCUCUCGUAUAGGUCAUAUGUUUUAAUAUUAAGAACACGUUUUGCGCCUAACGAGAUUAUAUUGAAAUUCCAUUUGCGAUUGCGAUUCGCGAAUACUUUGCGUGCCAACGAAAUCGUGAAUACCGUUUGCCCCGAUAAUACAUUCUCGAACAUGCCAUUUUCCAAGUAAACGGUAGAAUCAUGAGCGAUCGUCCGUGAUUUGAUAGAGGUUCGUUUUCUCUUUCUUUUUUUUUUCUUUUUUUUUUCUUUUUUUUUUAUUGUAUGCGUGUAUAAAAUUUUUUCAUCUAAACAACAAGAAAUCAUACGUUUAGAAUCAACUACGAACCAAUUACAUAUCCCGCGAUCUCGUUUUCAUUCGUCAGAAUUGGGUAGAAACGAUAUCGUUCUUACAUAUCGAUUUUUAUAUAAUUUAAAAAAACAAUAACGAGCGUUUAAACCUUUAUACUACACAUCCAACAAAUGUUCAUUAACUAUCGUAAAUUAUAACUCCGUAUGUCGUUCAAGAGACAAUAUUUUAAGAUUCAUCGAGGAUAACUUUCGAGAGAAGGAUCGUAUUUACGAUUUCGAGGAUUAUCGGUCGUAAUACUUAGCGAUACGAAGUAUGUAUGCGUAUUAUUAUUGUGGGUGUAUGAGUGCGUGUGAAAAAAUGAACUGAAGAAAAGGGGUCAAGUAAAUGCAUUUAUAAGAAUAAUGACUUAAGAGGAUGUUAAGGGAAAAAAAAAGAACGGAAAGAAAAGAAAAAAAAAAAGAGUGAAAGAAAGAAAGAGAAAGAGUGCGCGAGUAUCGCCCGUGUUCGUCCGAUUUUUGGCGAGUGCUUAAUUAUAUCUAAGUAAUUAGUAAUUUCUCCAUGGUAGUCGUGACGAAAACUUUUUCAUUCGCUUCAUCCGAGAAAAAGAAAAAAAGAAGAAAAAGGAAAAAAAAAAAGAAAAAUAAAGAAAGGAAAAAUAAAAGAGAGGAGGAGGAAAAAAAAAGGAGAAUAAUCCGUAAAGUCGCACGGACCAUUUUCAUCGAUAAAGUGCGACUUCAAUCGGUCGAAAGGUUUUAAAUAAUUUUAAAAUAAAAAAGGAAUAAAAAGUAGAGUUAUUUCUUUUUGUACGAGAUAUAACAAAAGGGCCGACAUGUAAAUGGAUUGAUUGUGCGUGUAAUUCAAAAGACAUUUAUAUACAGAUAGAUAUAUACAUAUAUUAUAUAUAUAUACAUAAAGUAUAUGUAUAUGUAUAUAUAUUAUACAUACGACAUUUUUUACAUUUGGUAAGGAUGUUGCAUAUCGCGUUAGAUGAAAAAGUUAUAACAAAAAGACAAGAAAAUAUAUAGAACAUAUUUGAACGUUGCGACGAAGCUCGUCUUCCUUCGAUACGAUCUACGUCACGCGGAUAUAAAUAUUAAAUAUCGAACGUGCCUUAUUUCGUGUAUAUAUAAAUAUGAAUAUUGAAUUAAUAUUAUUAUUCAUCAUCUACGAAACGUCUAUAUCACAUAACCCUCUUGCAAAGUAUUUGUGUUGAAUAAAGUCGAUGUGUUGUGUUUUAUGUUA